CAGAUCAUUUGAUUUAUCGAACAGUAAGGGUCUGUGGUUAAAGGGAUAUUACAUUUCAAGACGAAAAUGUGUAUUUGGAAUGUGAAGUUAUGAGUCGACAAUUGCGGAGGUUGAUUUUGCUCUCGCGAUACUACUAGUUCGCGAUCACACGUCAGAAGAGCUGUGUUGGAGAUCAUGGCGGAACGCAGGAGGCAUAAGAAACGGAUCCAGGAGGUGAGCGAGCCCACCAAGGAGGAGAAGGCCGUGGCUAAGUACCUCCGCUUCAACUGCCCCACCAAGUCCACCAACAUGAUGGGUCACCGGGUGGACUACUUCAUCGCUUCCAAGGCGGUGGACUGUCUGCUGGACUCCAAGUGGGCCAAGGCCAAGAAAGGAGAGGAGGCCGUGUUCACCACCAGGGACUCUGUGGUGGAUUACUGCAACCGGCUGCUGAAGAAGCAGUUCUUCCACCGCGCUCUGAAAGUCAUGAAGAAGAAGCCAGAGAAGGACGUCAAGAAAGACAAGGAGAAGGAGAAAGACAAGGAAAAGGACAAGGAGAAGGAGAAGGUCAAAGGUGACAGCGGGAAGGAGGAGGAAAAGAAGGGGAAGAAGGAGAAGGAGAAGAAGAAAGACUCCAAGGAUGUCGAGGUUUCGGACGCAAAGAAGGAGAAGAGUGACGACAGCCCCGGAACGCCCAAGAAGAAGAAGGACGUGAAGAAGAAAUUCAAACUGGAGCCUCAUGAGGACCAGCUCUUUAUGGAUGGGAAUGAGGUUUACGUCUGGAUCUACGACCCUGUCCAUUUCAAAACGUUUGCCAUGGGAUUGAUUCUGGUGAUCGCAGUGAUCGCGGCCACCCUCUUCCCCCUGUGGCCAGCCGAGAUGCGUGUGGGAGUCUACUACCUGAGCGUGGCCGCCGGGUGUUUUGUGGCCAGCAUACUGCUACUGGCUGUCGCCCGCUGCAUUCUGUUUCUGUUCAUCUGGCUGGUGACGGGCGGACGUCACCACUUCUGGUUCCUGCCCAACCUCACGGCCGACGUGGGGUUCAUCGACUCCUUCCGCCCGCUCUACACGCACGAGUACAAGGGCCCCCGUGGCUCCGGCAAGAAGAAUCCGGACAAGACCGGCGACCAGGACGCCGCCAAGGCCCAGAGGUCCGACAGCGAGGAAAAGUCUGACAGCGAGAAGAAGGACGGAGAUGAGGAAGACGAAGAGGAGGAAGGAGAGGGGGAGGAGUGCGACGCGCCGGAGGGGGUUGACGAGCGCGGGGCGGCGGGGGAGUCAGCGGUUGCCGCCGAGCGCCACUCGGACACGGACAGCGACCGGCGGGAGGACGAAGGCUCGCAGCACAGCAACGGGAACGACUUUGAGAUGAUCACCCGCGAGGAGCUGGAGCAGCACACGGAGGAGGAGGAGGAGGAGGAGGAGGAAACGGCGGAGGGCGUAAGUGGUGAGGCGGAGAAAGGAGACGAGGGAGAUGGUGAGAGGGAGCCAUUGUCUGUUCAAACAUAAACAUUUGAUCACUGCCACCUUUCCCCCCACCCCCCCGUGCUGCUCCAAGGACCUCCUCCCAAAUCCUCCCGGUCCCGUCAGGCUCGCUGAGGAGGCAUCUCCCCAUCCUGUCCGCUCCGAUGUUCCACUAACUAUAAAGACGCCGUCGCGUCGGUCUGGGUACCGACACCGGUGCAACGAAACAAACGGCUACGACAAUGGAAAAGAGAAUAAAAAAAAAAGAAAAAGCCUUAUUGUGGUUCUGAAAUUCCCCCAUGUUAUUUAAGCGGAGACCUGCUAACCAUAAACCUAACACAUUCAUUGGUCUGAGAAGGUUGUCAGGAGUGCUCCCAAAGUUUCCCCUCAUUGUUUUGGUACUUAUUAUGACCUUUGUUAUCCCAUUUAGUUCUGUGUAGUUCGUCUGCUGCACGUGUUUGUUUGUUUGUUUGUUCUGCUUCACAUCUUACGUUUGCUAUGGUGGUUAUUGUUUUGUACAUAAGACAAAGUCUCUUGUCGAUCUCCACCGAUGAGGGAGUUACACAGCUAUGGAAUCCUUGUUUUGCCAGGAGAAAUACUGCCACCUUGUCUGCCUGCCACUCAAAUCCAGACUGUUAGGAAAGAGGCAAUUGGUGCAAACCAUGUUCAGUAGGUGCAAAACGGGGGGGGGAUCCAUUUUGAAAUGGGAACCGGCGUCUCCCGGGACAUGUACUAGCUGAGACGCUAGCAGUGGCGGCUGGCCCUCUAUGCACAGCUCUUGUUAUUGUCCAGUGAGUGUGAUCUCUCCUGGGCCGACGUUAAGAAUAAAGAGGACCAAAACCUAUAGUUUACCUUACCCCAAGAUCUUCCCCAUUUGUGUUUUUGCUGAAAUACGACGGGAUAAAGAUAGCAUUGAAAAAUAAGCCGCACUAACAACUAACAAGUCUUGUGGUUCUGUUAUAUUUCCAACGAGAAGUGCUUGUUUGUUUGAAUAAUGAGUUUCGUAAGGGUGGCGUCCAAUCUAUUACACAAGACUCAUGUCCUUUAUAAGCAGUGGGACUCGUUUUUAGAAUUAGUCUGAUCAAUAGAUAUUCCUUUUUAGAAUAACUUUAAUUUCUUUGAGACUUAACACAUUCACACACACCCAGACAGAUGGCAAAGACAGUGUGUAUUCACCAUUUAGAAUCUGAGACAUAAAAAUUAAAUAGUGCCAAACAUGUACGUUUUUGUUACAAUGCAUGCGGUUUUCUUACUGAAAGGCAUGUAAAAGUGUCAGCAAGGGAUUUUGGUACAUUCAUUCAUUUUUGUAACUGUAGUGUCAAAUUCCAAACCCUAUACACCUAAACCUACAGUGUAAUACCUACGAAGUUGGUGUGUAAACCUUUUCCCUUUCGUUCCUCAUGAGGCAGACAAUAUAUCCUUGAAAUUAUUGCAAGCUAUCGUUGAACGACAACAGUAGGUUUGUGUGUCAGUUCAACUCGGAUGCCCGCCCUUUCGAGUUGUGUUGCCUUCAUUGGAUUUUCAGUCAGGCAAACUGAUAAUGAAAACUGUGAAUGCAUUUACAAACUUUGGAAGUGAGUGGGCACAAGGUCCUAUUCAUUAGGGUUGCAUUAUGGGGGCUGUGGUCCAAUACUGACCGUUUUCAAGGUGGUGUUAUCUAUUGGAGUUGUUUUAGAUUAACUUUUACUCAUAGUGAUAGCGAUAUUUUAAAAAUGAUAGAGAGAAAUGUAUCAUUUAUAUAAGGAAUUCUAUUGAUACAUUAUAUAAAAUAUAUAUAUAUAUUUACAAACCUACAGUCAUGAAUUAUAAACCCAGUUUAACAGAAUCCACCUCCUUUUGUUAUGAGUGUUUUGUCUUUGUUUUUUUAUGAUGCUUUUUCGCUAUAAUUCUGACCACAAAUUGGCAUAUUGUCAAGAGUGCAAUUUCCUCGCAAGUUGGGGUUUCAAACACCAGAAAUUAAGAAUAUGUUGUGUGGAUAUAUAAAUAUUCAGAUUGGACUACCUAUUUUUGUUCCAUUUUAUUUUGAUAAAUUUUAUGCUGUCAUUUGAAUGUUAAAAGGAAAAAGUAUAAAAGCCCGUUUGUCCAUGUGGCCACACUGAAGUCCAAAAGACAUGUUUGUCUCGUGCCAUAAGAAUAGUCAAUGAUUAAGUUACGGUUGAGAAACUCCUCUGCAAUUCAUAUUGCUGUUCCACACAGAAAGUUCUCCCCACAGUGGAAUUGUAGAGCAUAGCUUGGGGGGAGGGGGGGGGGGGUGACUUGGUGAUCUGGAGAUAUUCCACACCCAACACGUAAUCGACCAAACGCCAUCUACAGCAAACUGAGCAGUACCAUCCAGCCACUCGUACCCUUUUCACACCCCUGGUAGAACAGCUGAGUUUUGAAACUAUGAUGUGGGAGGACGGCACAGCUUGGUUUAGGCUCUGCGGUGCGAAAACGGUAAUUGCUCUCAGUCUUGCUUUCCUGUUGGAACUUAGUGACCUCCAUAGAUUUCUAGGCCUCCAACUUUCUUUGUCGUAGUACCGACCAGAGUCUUUCCCUACACCGUGUGCUGUAGCUCUUGUUCCAGAGAUGUGUACUACUUAUAACUGUACACCCAGUGGCUUUGUCUUUUAGUGUCAUUUCUCUUUGUUUUCUCCACUAUUGUUUCCCUUACGUCUUCUGGAGAGGCGCCAGCGAUCCAGUAGUUUUGUUAUGAGUGUCGGCAGAACGAAUUCAUGAAAUUCCUUAAGUAGUUCUUGAAUAGUCUUCUUGCACAGUAUCAGUCGGUUGUAUAUUGUAGUAUUAAUCUAUGCUGCUUUUUUCCAUCAAACAUUUCUGUCAGAAAAAAGGGGGGGGGGGUUUAUCUGGUCAAAAUGUCUUUAGCCACUUGGUUGUCUUUUUUUAUUUUUAUUAAUAUCAUUUGAGGACUGUCUCUUGCAAUAUUGAAAUAUAAUUUAAUUCAUUGGAUGUCUGGAAGUAUAUCCAUAUCUUAUCAUGCAAUAAAAAUAUAGAAAGCA